UCGGCCGGCGCACACCAGGUCCGGGCAGUGCUGCCGCGUCUGCCGUGCCAGCCGCCCGCUGCCGCCACAGCCGACGCCAUGGACACCACGUGCCUCAGCCAGAGCAUGGACUCGGUGAACACGCAGAACGGAGAGGAGGAGGUGCGCACGCUGUUCGUGUCUGGCCUGCCGAUGGAUGCCAAGCCUCGAGAGCUUUACCUGCUGUUCCGGGAGUACGAGGGGUAUGAGGGCUCGCUGCUGAAAAUCACCAGCAAGAACGGGAAGACGUCAUCACCGGUGGGGUUCGUCACUUUUAACACACGCAACGAGGCAGAAGCAGCCAAAAACCGAGCUCAGGGGGCACGCUUCGACCCCGAUCUGCCCCAGACCAUUCGUCUGGAGUUUGCCAAGAGCAACACCAAAGUUAGCAAGCCCAAGCAGCAGGUGUCGACCGUGGCUCCCCACCCUGCACUGAUGCACCCAGCCUUCUCUCACGGACACGUGGGUAACUUCUACGGACCGGGUGCCGACAUGUGGCACCACCAUCCGGCGACGGCGCUGGCCUACGGGCCCGACUCGCUGCACCACCCGCACCUGCUGCACCCGGCGCUGCACGCGGCCCAGGUCCCGGCCCACCUGCAGCUGUCUAAUCUGAACACGGUCGGCACGCUGCCGCUGAUGUCUCACGGCGGCCUCGGCUCGCCCACCUCCGUGGCCGGCAACACGCCCUGCUCCACGCUGUUUGUGGCCAACCUUGGUCAGAACGUCACCGAACAGGAGCUGAAGGAGAUCUUCGGCAGCCUGCCCGGGUUCACUAGGCUGCGCAUGCUCACCAAAGGCGGAUCGCCGGUCUCUUUCGUGGAGUAUCAGGACACGAAUCACGCCGCCGUUGCCAUGGCAAUGCUCCAGGGGUUCGUUCUCAGUCCGGACCGGGGUGGCAUUAGGAUUGAGUACGCCAAAACAAAGAUGGCCGACAGCGGGAUCCAAGACUAAGGAUGGAUAACAUAAUGUCGCACUGAGCCCGAGCGGCGUGCGACUAGGCGUUGGCCGCGGCGAGCAGAGCAGCGGGGAGCGAGCUGGGGCGCGGCGACCUCGCAAAGCGCCCGCCGGGGCCGACCGGCCGCCCGUCCGUCCCCAGCCCCGUCUUUCACCGGGAGAGGCCGCGGGCCGCCGCCACGGCAGCUGAACCGUCCGCAACAAACCCACACUCAUAUCAACAGCCUUCAAACAGUGGCGAGGUCCGCCGGCGACAAUGGUGGCCCAGACGGCAGUGGCGCAACGCAGCCGCGCCGCUCGAUGUAUGUGUGGGGGAAAUAUUUAGCAUGUUGUCCCCCAUCUUUAGCGUCAUUUUCAUUGGCCCUGCGUUUCGUGGUCGCCAUUGCUCUUUGCCGCGGGAGUUGGCAUCUUGCGCGUGCCCCGAACCGGCCGAUUCCGUUGACAUUCCAGCUGGCGGAGGUGGAGUUGCCAGUCACUCGGUUCACUGCUGAGACGUCGGCUCCGUGACAGUGGCGCAGCCGGACGGUGAAGAAUGCAACCUGUGAAUCUCCGAAUAAUCUGUAGGUGUCGCUAGUUCCUCGCUGUACUCUCAGUACGUUUGCUGUUCGGUGUUAGACCCUCGAGCUUGGAGCGUGUCAGACUUGUUGCGCAGUGAAUGGGAGGUCGGCUGACUCUCUUCCAUAAGCUCAGAAACCCAGGAAGCCUACAAGGGUGAGUUGAUGACGUCACGUCGUGAAGAGCCCCGCCUCUGUCCACGCCCGUAAGCAAUACGCCCCGGCAAUAGCUGUCUUACCUGAGAGGCUAUCGGGAAAAGCAUUUGUCGACCGCCGCGAGACAUCAACUGGGGCUCCACGCGUUAAGGCCUACAUGGCCACUCAACAGUGCGGAGUCUGCGCGGAAAGGCUCACACGAAUAAGCUCAUAUUAACGGUCACAUGGAUAGGUUCACCUGGGAAGGUUCACAUUGAAAGGCUCACUCGGGAAGGGUCGCGUGGGGAACGCCGUUGGGGCGGGUGACGCAGGUCGUCCGCGGAUCCGCGCCGCCGGGGUCGCCCGUGCUAGCAGAGUUUGCUGUGAGAUGCGACCUGCUCGCCUUCUUAUUCCGUCCACUUUGUCCGGCUGCAGCUCAAGUCUGCGCCGGUGGCGCCGCGUGGCGGGGCGCGGCGAACCGCUCGGCCGGCCGCGCUGUGAUAGCCGCCUGGCGCCGCCCGGCGCCGCGGCCGCCCCAGCACGGUCCGCCCAGCGCACAGCCCAUCGACGUCGAUUGCCUUACAACUUUAUAUCAUGGUCUGGUCGAGAGCGCCUAUGGAUGUUGAUGUUGUUUGUAAUUUGCUAGCUAUAUCCGAUGUAGGCUUUGCUGAGCGCGAGCGACGCGGGGUCGCGGCUGUCGCGAGGCGAUGACAACAGGACAUAUCAGAGGUUUCCAUCCAUGGGUGAGCACGGACGUGUGCAAUGUCAUGUCUCCCGCCGCGUUGUCGAAUAGCUUCCCCGCGAAAUGUGGCUGCUGUCGUAGCCCGGAAGCCACCCCAGAAAAGCGCCGCGGAAACGAUGCGCGGUGCGUUGUCAUUAUAUUCCGGAAAAGAGACGCCUGGGGCUAGUUUAAAACGUGUAGCAACGUUGAAAAAGGCCUUUGGACGAGCAAAUUGGUGCAUAUCAGCUAUUCUGUCCUGUCACCUUUGACAAACUCGUGUGUAGGCGUAUAUCGUAGUUAGUGCGUUGAAAGCUAUAUAAACAGUGGCCAGGUGUAAUGUUAUGGACGACAUUGAGCUAUUCAAGACCUCCGUCCCUCUGUGGUGGCUAUGUAGUACUGUAAUACUGGCGGGUAUCGGAAUGUUCCUGGCCUUUUUCAACCGCAAUCAUUUCUUGACAUGCGUGGGUGCUGUGUGGCACACGCUGAUUCUAUGCGAUGUCCUUGCCUGUUACGGCAAGGGAGCAUUUUCCCCAUCUCUGGACGUCCUUAGCUUCGGUGUUUUUUUUUCUGUUUAGUUUCUUAAGACUGCGUCUAUGUUUCUUGACUAGCUCGGUCUUCCGCCAUCCUCGUAGAGCCAGUAUGUCACAGCCAGCACAGAGGGCGCUCCACAUUUGAGUGAUGGUGUCAGCGCCGUCCGAUCGGCGGGCCUUGUACAUAUGUAGGACAUUUAGGGUAAUGUAAGGUUUCAUUGUUCGGAGCGAGACAAUGGCGGUCUCGGAAGCUACGUCCCAAAGAGUUUAUGUUAAUAGUCAUUUGACGUCAGGUUCAUAGGCGGCGCCACAGGCAGCCUUGGGCGCAUUUAGGUUCACUUGUUGAUUACACACUGAAAUGACAGCCCUUUAGGCUUUAUUCGUAUUAUUUAUUUUCGUAGACAGUGCGGACGAUGAUAUUAUAAGUGGUUGCGCUGCGCGGUCAGGCAGUGUCGGCCCGGCAUUGGGCGGGUUCUGUCAUCACCGGGUGAUCCCAGGCGUCCCGUCACAACAGCUGGUUGGCCUGGCUGCUACCUGUCGGCUGAGCUCUACUACCCGAGCAGCCCCUCCCCCGGUCAGAUGAGGCGCCCAGCUGCGGUCGGGCCCCAACGGAGCCGCGGGGCGCUCGGGGUCACUGACCUGCACUCGGGCGGACCACGCGAAGUUACCGACGAGUCUCCUGGCCAGGUCGGCGCACCGUGCGGAUCAGCAGCCGUGUGCACGGUGUCGACAGAGGCGCUCCGCUCGUGCGGCCGAUCGGCGGUACCCCUCUGUCGCGGUCCCUGCGUCCGGGCCCGGGCGCUGGCCCCGGCCACUCGGGUCCCGCCGUCAUCAGCACUCGGCGCCGGUGCCCUGUCUGCUGUGUUGUGAUCGCGUCAGUGACCGCCGUUCCCCGUCGCACGGCAAGCGAGGCGGCAGCGUCCCUGACGUCAGGGACGCGGCGAUCUGUUCAUCGUAGGCUCCUUUGUAACAGGCUUCUCCCUACUGUGUCUGUGUUAAAUUAUUUGACCAUGUUCUAGCGCGUUAGCCUAGUCACUGUGAGUCUGCUUGUGUAUAGUAGGCUGUUUCUGCUGCUAGUUUUGUCACGGGGUCCAAGACGCGCGAACGACGCCUGAAUAAAUCGCCAAAAAAACA